AAGCUAGCUAGUUGGACUUUUUUUUUAACUAUAGAAAUCUUCACUUUGACUGCUAACAAGUACGUUUGUCAUCGAGGGUUUUUUGUUGUUGUUUUUGUGUUCAUGAAAUAAUGACAGAAUUAACCGAUGAGCAGUCUUCUUCCGCGUCGCUUAGCUGUUGCCCCCCAGGGUCCCCCUCUGACGCGGUCUCAGCAGAGACCCCCACCUGCCGUGAGCCAGAGGAAAACGGAGGGAUGGAGGUAAAGAAGAUGCCCUUGUACAAGAGGUCUGGGAAAAUAACACAGCACAGCAAGAAGGAUGGUGUUUUAACUACUGAGAUGGUCUCAAGCAGAAUAUCCCAACUUGGACGCUUUGGCACUGGGCUGCAGCACUCAUUCUACAACCUUUCUCUGCCUAGUCACAAUCUUAGUGACAUAUCUGUGCUGUGCAGUUAUGUCCAUCUUAAAAAACUGGAACUGCCACACAACAAAAUUCAAGAUUUAUCCUGCGUGAGUCACAUGCCCUACCUUGUCAUGCUGGACGCUUCCCAUAAUGAAAUCUCGAGCUUCUUUGAAUUCCAGCCACCCAAGAGCCUAAAGGAGGUGAACUUCUCCCACAACCGCAUGACAAAAAUGAAGGAUUUGUCAGACUGUGUGUUGUUAACUAAACUGGAUCUAGACUACAACAGCUUUUGUGAGAUCAGUGGUCUUGAGCAGUGUUGCAGGCUCACCCAUCUCAGCCUGGCGCACAACAAGAUCUCAAAGAUCAGUGGCUUGGGCAGUCUACCUCUCACACACCUCUGCCUUAGGGGGAACCAGCUGGAGAGGAUUGAAGGGUUAGAACACCUGAAGAGCCUACAGGUUCUCGAUUUGUCUCAGAAUCGCAUCACCAGUCUUUCAGGCCUCCAGAACCUUCAUCUGCUAGGCUCCAUCAACCUGGAGAAAAACCUGAUCAGUGAAAUUCAAGAGUGCAAGCAUGUUCAUGACCUUUUACUGUUAAGGGACCUCAAUCUGCUGGGAAACCCUGUGCAGGAACAACCCGAUUACAAGCUGGCAGUCAUCUUCCUCCUUCAGCAUCUGACUGUGCUGGACCAAGAGAAAGUCACUGCUGAAGAAAAGGUGUCAUCAGUAAACAAGUAUGAUCCUCCUAUGGAUGUGGUGGCAGCCAGGGAUCACAUGACCCACCUAGUGUAUCAGCUGAUGCAGCCCCAGAUCCUUUAUGAAAGCACACUUCCCAGUGCAGACUCUCCCUACCCCAUGCUGGUGCUGACAGGUCCUCGAGGCUGUGGGAAGAGAGAGCUGGCUCACAGACUGUGUCAAGAGUUCAACAAAUACUUUGCUUAUGGAAUCUGUCACACCACAAGGGGUCCGUACUUUGGAGAGGAGAAUGGACUCGAUUACCAUUUUGUCAGUCAGGAGGUCUUUCAGAACAUGAUUCACAUGGGUAAGUUUAUCCAGACCAUACAGUAUGGGGGGCAUAGUUAUGGACUCACCAGGGACGCCAUAGAGGAUGUGGCUAGAGAAGGAUUGGCCUGCUGUGUGCAUAUGGAGCUGGAGGGUGUUUUCAGUCUGAAGAAGAGCUACUUUGAGCCUCGAUACAUCCUGCUCAUCCCUACCCAGGUCGAGAAGUACAUAGGCCACCUUAAAAGCCGUGGACUCUACACCCCAGCACAGAUUGAUAUAGCAGUGUCACGCAUACAGCUCUACGCUAACACCAGCAGUCAACGUCCAGGAUUCUUCGAUACUGUUAUCCCCUGUGAUGACUGGGAAGAAGCCUACCAGAAGCUGAGGCAGGCAGUGAAGGAGUACUUGUUGCUAGAGGAGCUGGAGGAAGGAGAAAACAACAGAGCAUCCCCUGACAACACCUCCACAGGUCAUAUUCCAGAAGAGAAGCCACCCUCACCCCUGUCAAGGUCAGGGUUGGCACUCACAUCCCACCCGGCCACAGCUCUGGACCCCUCAGAUCUCUCCUACAGAUCACAUUUUAUCAAGAUCCAAGCAGAGCUUGGUCCUCAAAAGAGUUCCGCUGAGCUAGCUUCCAUCAGAAGGCGUGAGCAGCUGGUGAGGGAGGCUUUAGUGGGGAAGAGUCCAGGGGUUUACAGCCAGCUCUUCAAAAGUUCUGCACAACCAGCAUCAUCUGUGCAUAUUGAUGAUUCUGGUAACCUUGUUCAUGAGGAUAGCAGCUCGGAUGAUUCUCGUGCCAGCUCAGCUUUGUCUGUGCCCAGUUCAGCCGGUGCCUUUUCUGGCUUAGUGGAACUGCUACAUAUCUCAGUCACAGGACAUGCUUUGGAAACACUCAGAGAUCACGUGCCAUCGAGCCAAACACCUAAUGACCCCCAUCCAGGAGCAGAUCAGCUAGCUGCAGCUGUGUCCCCCUCUUCUGACAGGCGCCCAGGCUCCAACGUUAAACCCAUCCUACCCCCAAUCCCCACUGGGCGCAGGACCCCCGCAGCACCAAGCCUAUCUCCUUCACCCAGCCCAAACCCAGCAGUCGAAGAGGGAAGAGAUGCAAACACGGAGGGAUAGCUUUAAAGGGAUUUUGACGUCUGGAACCUAAACGAAGCAAUCCAUUUUUAUAAGAAUAAGAUUUUGUAAGCAUUAGAUAAAAAAAAAUGAGAGGAAGCUGAAAAAUAUGCAUGUAAUAGUACACAAGUUAAAAUACAAGCUUGUCCUCUGUAACUGCUGAAGUCUGCUUGUUGCUGUUUCAGUACACAGAUUGUGGUGGGAUAUGUCCAAGCCAAGCACUUGAAGUUAGAUUACACUCACUCAGCAGCUCUUUUUGUCUUUUCAUGUUAAAAUUUAUAUAUUCAUGACAGAUUUAUUUGCUCAUCUUUAAAAGGUUUAUUCAUACAAACUAUGCAAUGAAUGGCGUUUCUUGAAUAUGUCAUUAAUAUUCCUGACAGUCUAGUAGUAGCAUUAUAUUUCCUACUGUUCAGUAAUCUCAUCAAGUAGGAUUUCCUGUUGGCAUCUCGAUGCUGAUCUUUGUGUACCGUGGAGCUCUUGUCAUUGGAUGAUAAAUAUAUCAUUAAUCUUUAUCUCUUCUGAUGGGAUUAUUUAUUCAGCUGAAAAUGCAUCCAUAUGGAAGUUGUUGAUGGGUAUUAAACAGUC